AAUUGUUUGUGCCCCUGCGGUUUCUUUUCCCCGCAGGUUAAGAUAUGAUCCCCAGGCAUUGAAGGCGACAGCUCUUUGUGCGUGCGUAUGUUUCGUUUUGAUCCAACAUUCCUAAAACUCCAGAAACUGAUCAAAAUGGGAGAAGCUGGUCAAUCCAGAGAAGGAGAAUCUAUCACCCCUCUACUUGGCGGUGGAACUGGGAACAAAGUGGCUGUACCACCACAACAAUUUAAUUCUUUACCAGCUCCUAAUGAAAAUGCUUCUUAUAUAAAUCAAGCAACUUCUUACUUGGGGAGCUAUUUCUCUCACUCUUCAGUAGAAUAUGGUGGUAAAGAUUCUUGUAAAUCUCUUUCCCACCCCCAUGAGUUGCUACGAUCAACAUCAGGAGGUGAUGGGGAUUCUCCAGUAAGCGUAUGCGUUUCUCCUGGUGCAAGGUGUUCAACUUCAUCAGAGUCCCCUACUUCUGCAGCCAACAGCCCAUCAGCAGAAUCUACAGACACUCCCUCGCAGGCAUCAAAUGCAAUUGUGACAUCGAAUUGGUUAGGUUUAAGUGGCACUUCCAUGUUCCAAGGGCUUAUUGAGCGGGCACUAAGGACUGUCCGUGGCUCAGCAGACGAUAUAGGAUGGUUACAACGUGACCCGGAGAUGCCUCCUGUUGAAGAUGGAACUGAUAGGUUCAAUAGAAUCCUAGAAGACAUAGGGCAUGGUGUACACAGGCUUCCAAAUACUGUUGUGCACUUGUUGGUUCCAGGUCUUUUCAGCAAUCAUGGACCUCUUUAUUUUGUGGAUACCAAAACUAAAUUCUCAAAGAUGGGUUUAGCUUGUCAUAUUGCAAAGAUUCACAGCGAGUCUUCGGUUGAGAAAAAUGCGAGAGAGAUAAAGGAAUACAUAGAGGAACUAUGUUGGGGAUCAAAUAAAAAGGUUCUACUACUUGGGCAUAGCAAAGGAGGUAUAGAUGCAGCAGCUGCUUUAUCACUAUACUGGCCUGACUUAAAGGAUAAGGUCGCUGGGUUGGUAUUAGCACAGAGUCCAUAUGGUGGAAGUCCAAUAGCUACUGAUAUACUCCGUGAGGGACAACUUGGUGGUUAUGUCAACAUGAAAAAAAUCAUGGAGAUUAUGAUCUUCAAAGUCAUAAAGGGUGACAUACAAGCUUUGGAAGAUUUAACAUACGAAAGGAGAAAACAGUUCUUGAAGAACCAUCCGCUUCCUCAAGAACUCGCCACGGUCUCAUUCCUUACAGAAGCUAGCAUUAGUCCAGCGGCUCUAGCCACUUUCUCACACGUUGCACAGGCUGAGCUUCCUCUCACGAAGCUUCCAGUGGUAAUGCCACUUGGCGCCGCAAUGGCUGCUUGCGCCCAGCUGCUUCAAGUCAGAUACGGGGAAAAGAGUGACGGGCUGGUGACUUGCUGCGACGCGGAGGUUCCUGGUUCAGUGGUGGUUAGACCAAAACGUAAACUAGACCAUGCAUGGAUGGUUUACUCUUCGUUGAACGAGGCUCCUUUGGAAGCUGAUGCUGCUCAAGUUUGUGAGGCUCUCUUGACGUUGCUUGUCCAAGUUGAGGAAGAGAAGCAACGUCAACUCGAUUGAUAUAACGUUCUUUUUUUCUUUGUAACAGUUGAUAUAACGUUCUUGUAACACAAACUUACAUUUUCUUCUUUCGUCUUGAGACUUUAAAUUGUUUUUGUUUUAUACUACUGUAAUUAUUGAUUAAUAAAAAAUUCCACGACUUUUUUUGGUAUUUCUGAUUUAUUUGAUUAAAUGGAUAAGAAUCACUUAGAGCAUCUACAAUGGUGUUAUCCACCAUUGAAGUCUUUAUAUAAUAGUAGUUUUUUUUUUUGAAUAGUUAAGAACUCUAAUUCUAAUUGUAUGUCUAAUGGUGUUAUCCAUUAUGGAAUUUUUAGAUCGAUUUGAAACCCUCAAUCAUCUCGAACCCUAAAAUGAUUUAUAACUCAAUUCCGAACCCUAAAUCAAUUUAGAAGUCAAUCCCAAUUCGAUUUGAAACCCUCAAUCUAUUAAAACCCCACGAUAGAACCCUAAAAC